UAUCUGUCAUUCAGCUAGGUGGAGUACGUCUGAUGAAGGAAGGAAAAGGCGGACACAGCAAACAUGACUUUCUGACAAGUCUUGCGAACCGACUUCCAAUUGAGCACUUCACCCGCUGGCGAAUUGUUUUCACCUUUAAACCGUGUUUACGUGUUAGCUUCUCUCGUGGUUAUUUGACAACUGUGUGGAAACAAACAGGCGACUCAGUGUCAGAAGUUACCAUGCUAACCACCGCUAGCCUGAGGUAGCUAUGCUUUUCCGUUAGACUUGAAACUGCCUGCAAGAAGAGCGGACAUUUGAUUUCAGCUGCUACUUUAUCAGCUACAAAGUAAAGCAGCAUUUUUUUGCCAGUUUCUCAGCUUCAAAAAGCCAUCAAUCUGUCACAGAGAUGGGACUACACCCGCUGGAGUUCAGUGAAUGCUAUCUGGACAGCCCCUGCUUCAGGGAGAAGAUUAAAGCACACGAAGCAGAGCUCGACAAGACCAACAGAUUUAUUAAAGAACUGUACAAAGAUGGGAAGAACCUCAUCAAUGCAACAAAGCAGCUCGGCAUGGCGCAGCGGAAGUUUGCCCAGUGCCUGGGAGAGUUUCAGUUUGAGUACAUCGGAGAUGCAAAGACAGACGAUGAGAGAUGUAUUGAUGAGUCUUUGCAAGAGUUCUCCUCAUUCCUCAAGAACCUAGAAGACCAACGAGAGCUCAUGAUGAGAAACAUAACAGAAACGUUAAUGAAACCCCUGGAGAAGUUCAGGAAAGACCAUCUUGGUACAGCAAGGGCGGAAAGAAAGAAGUAUGAGAAAGAAACAGAGAAGUACUACAGCUCUCUGGAAAAGCUUCUGAAUUUGUCAGCGAAGAAGAAAGAGCCACAGCUACAAGAGGCAGACGUCCAGGUGGAAACCAUGAGGCAGCACUUUCAGGAGGAGUCACUGGACUAUGUGUGCAAACUGCAGGAGAUCCAAGAGAGGAAGAAGUUUGAGUGUGUGGAGCCGAUGCUGGCCUUCUUUCAGACGGUCUUCACCUUUUAUCAUCAAGGUUUCGAGCUUGCCAAGGACUUCGACCAUUAUAAAAGAGCACUGCAGAUAAAUAUACAGAAUACAAGAGGUCGAUUCGAAGGUGCGCGGUCAGAGGUGUACGAGCUGAUGAAGAGGAUCAGGGAGGCGCCUCAAGAAUACAGACAGACCAGCGCCAUCAGCUGUGAAGGCUACCUCUAUGUACAGGAAAAACGGCCCCCUCCCUUUGGUUCAAGUUGGGUCAAACGCUACAGCACAUUUGUCAAAGAGCAGAAGAUCCUGCACAUGGUGACCUUUGACCAUAGAUCGGGUGGAAAGAUUGGGGAGAAGGAGUCAGUCACGCUCAAAUCUUGUGUCCGCAAAACGACAGACAUGCUGGACAGGAGGUUCUGCUUAGAGCUCGACAUUACAGAUCGGCCUGGGACGGUGCUUACAGUACAGGCUCUGUCAGAGGAUGACCACAAGUUCUGGAUUCAGGCCAUGGGUGGGAAGGAACCUAUUGGACACUAUCUUGGGAGGACUUACUCUAAAGAAAGAGGAAUUGAUGCACAGCUGGAUGAACUGGGUUUGAGUUUUGUAAAGAACUCCAUCAGUGCCAUAGAAACCAGAGGUAUUAAUGACCAGGGCCUGUACAGAGUUGUUGGUGUAAGCUCCAAGGUACAGAAGCUGCUCUCAAUGAUGAUAGAUGAGAAGACGGUCAUGGAUCUGACUACCAGUGAGGACUGGGAUGUAAAAACGAUAACGAGUACACUGAAGCUUUAUCUGAGGAGCCUACCUGAGCCAUUGAUGACCUAUGGACUUUACAAAGAGUUUAUUAGUCCUGCAAAGAGCGGUAGUCCAGAGUCUCGUAUCCAAGCCGUCCACUGCCUGGUCCACAAACUACCGGAGAGGAAUCGACAAGUCCUCGGGCUGCUUAUGAAGCAUCUGGCCAACGUGGCCGCUCACAGUAAACAGAAUCUGAUGACUGUGGCCAACCUGGGCGUGGUGUUUGGUCCGACAUUAAUGAGGCCACAGGAGGAGACCGUCGCUGCCAUCAUGGACCUCAAGUUCCAGAACAUCGUGGUAGAGAUCCUCAUCGAACAGAAUGAAAAGAUCUUUGCAGAUGCUCCAGAGUCAUGCCCUCUUUCACCUGCUGCCCCAAUGUUCACCGCCCCCACAAGGCAGUCCAAGAAGCUGAGUCGACAAAAUCGGCCCCUGGCUGUCUACAAUCCACAAGCCCUUGACAUUCAGAAUGUGUCAGCUGUUGCAGACGGUUCCAGCUUAGCCACAGACGAGACUUCAAUGGGCAGCAAUGAGUCCGUAUCAUCCCAGUCAUCAUCCGCCUCGGCCUCAGAGACAUCCACAGAAAGGAGUGACCAUGCACCGGUUAAAUCCAGCCUCAGCUCGGGCAGCAACUCCAGCUUCUCCCCGUGGUUCUGUUGCCCGGAGUCCUUCCCAAUGAGGUUACAUGUUUUGGCCAUUUUUCCCCUCCUCUCCUCUCCCCUGCUCGUCCUCCAUCUCUCCAUGCCUCUCACUGGCGGACAGCUGUGGCUCAUAAAAUGGUGGAUCAGAGUUUAUUUCCUGCCCACCCAAACUUGAGGCGGCUGAGCGGGCAGCUUGGCACUUGGUUUGAUCCCACUUUUCUCCCAGAAACACUUAAAAAUCUCAUGACCGGCCUUCUUUCUUCAGAGGAAAGAUAGUUGAUAAAGCGCUCAUCUGCGUGUUAGCUCCUCUGUAGGAUCAACUAGGCCUGGAUGCUGCACGGGUAAAAUUCCUGCAGUAAUGAGAAGCAGCAGUCGACUUCUGUUGAUGGAUUUCUCCCUGCUACUAACCUGGCAGCGUGAGAUAAUGUGAUUGUGAUAGCUCAAAUAAUAAACCAAAACCUUCUGUUGCAGUUCCCUUUUGAUAUUCAAUUUCUCCUAAUAUUUGUCUAUAUAAGUUCCACUUUAAAUUACUAUUCGGAACAACUUUAUGGAUAAAACAAACAUCUGGAGAGGGAUUUUCAGAAACGCUGCAUUUUCACGAGUCCCCAUUUACUGUAUUUAAUCAUGUUUAGAGGAGAAGCUUAGCUAGGCCUGUGAUGGGUAAAAACAACGGGAUGAGUAAUUCAAAGCUCGAUGCUAUUUUUGUCCAAGAGAAAUGGCAAACGAUUUCCCUCGGUUUGGCUUAGCUAUAAUUGUGAAAGCAAUUUUGGGAUGAAUCCAUUUACCUCUGGUACAUUUAGCAAGUUUCUAGGGCAGCCAUGUGGCAUUUACCGACUCUUCCAGUCAGUUUUUUCAAGCGUCAUUUUAGUAUGUUUAUUUUGAAGAUCUACUUUCCUAAUAAUUCUUGUCAAGCUAAAAUAAGAAGGUAUGAAUGCUAACUUUUCUCAAAUUUAUUUUAUGCAUGAACAUUUUGUUUUUUUUACUGCUUUGUUCUUUUUUUUAAUUUUUGUUUUGGUAUCUGGAAUGGUUCACCUGCAGUUGGCUGAGGUGUUAUGGCUCCUCUGCUCUCCCUUAUCUUGGCCGUGACCCAGGCAGACAGUGGUUAUGUCUGGGACCAGGUUAAUGAGUGGAUUUGCUGCACUGCAGUGCACUGUCCCCCCAUGCUGAUGUGGAGCAGCUGAGCACCACAGUGGACCAACACUGCUGCAGAGCUAUAAAUCACCAACAGUCAGGCCAGGCCCCGGACGGAACAGCCACCGCUGGGGAUGGACAAGCAAACUGAGAGGAAGGCUGGGGAACAAAUGGAGGGAGGAAAUGAUACAGAGUGGGGAAUAAAAGCAUGAACAUGUUACUGUGCGUUCAACUCCAUCUACGUACUUCCACAUAAGAAUCCCUACCAUGUUCCCACCUCAAGGCUGCCUUGCACUCUCUCUUCCAUCGGUGCCAACGUAACCACUAUUCACAACAUCCUCUCAACCUCCAGCCCCUCCCCAGCUGCUCCCUCUAAUUGCCUUUAUUAACGUCUCUAUGGGAGCGGCAGCUAGGAGCAAUUUGCUCAUUAUGUACUGUAUUAGCACCGGCCCUGGGGCAGGCAUGGAACACAGAGGGAUGCCUGGCUUAGACUCCUGCUCUCCUCCUCUCCAAUCUACCUUUACCAGGACCCCUGCUUCCAUCCCGUAGGUCGCCCAUACACUCAUUGGCCCUGACAUCAGCCAGAGUGAUACACAGCUACCUCUGUUACUGAAGAAGCCUGUGGUAAAGGAGCUAAGAGUUAUGGUUGUCUUUACAGAUAUAGAAGUCUUAUACAUUACUUCGGGUAUUAAACAUACAUGCAAGGGGUGACAAAUUAAAGAAAAAUCAACAUAAAGUGGGUCACCCUAAGCCUCCAGAAGAGAUUAAUUGCACCUUGGCGUCGAUUCUACACCAAUCUGGAACAAGACCACUAUUUAAUCAAAAGAUAUUUGCUCAUUUAGUGUUUUGUGUGGGAUGACGGGGGUUGGUGCUGUCAAACGUGUCGGACCAAAACACACAAAGGUGACUCAAGACCAUAACAUAUGUUCCGGCAGUGUCAUACUCAUCAAAGUCUUCAAUGACCCCAUGCACUGGGUUACUUGAGGUUUAGUUAUUCCCUUUAUUCACAUGCCUUUUCAUAGUUAGACACAUUGAUGAUAAUAAUGAAGAUACGCAUUUUGUCUUUGGUCAGUCAGGAUGGUUUUAAAUGAUUGAAACUUUAAUUGUCUUUACAGUCAAAAUUAGAUUUGUUGAGUUAUUGGGAAGAUAUAUAUUGUUUUGUUUCUCUCUGCACACAGGUUUGAGUUACAAUUUUACUUUUGGCUCUCCUCUGAACAGAAAAGCAAACAACGGGUCGGCAUAUGAAUAUUCCUCAAAAAUGCAACCUCUAUGUUUCAUUCAUGACUGUUUGCAUCUGUCAGUCGGCAUCCUCUACCCAUAAAUUCUGCACAUACAAGUCAAUCCAGAUGAAUUUAGACAGAGAAUUCAUUACCUGCCUGGCCUGUUUUCUCUAGACAAGUUGACAGGUUAAAUGAAGAGAAUCUGUUAAAGUCAAAUUAAGCACAUUAAUAUGACAACACUAAUAUUAAUACUGUUACUAUUUGGCUGCAGUAAUUGAUCACAAGAACCCUCCAGACUAUGAUACACAAAGGUGAAAUAAAUGUUUUUUUUAUGACUUUAAAA